CUCCACAAUUCCAAAAUAAGAAAAAACAAUUUAGAGAAAAUAAAACAAGAAAAAUCAAUUAUCCAUUCCCAUUUUCUACGUUGUGUUACACUUCUCAAACCACAACCAAGUUUUUUCCACCUUAAUACUACCACUUCAAUUUCUCAGAAACCAUGGUCAUAUACCUCUCUCCUUCUCCACCUUCACAUUCAACUCCCAUAAUCAGAUUAUCCAAUUCAAAGAGACCCAUUUCAGAUUCUUCAAUAAGUCUCAAAACCCAUUUCUCAAAAUCACUCUUUUCUUCUUCAUUCACUUCCUCAAACGUGAAACUCACCACCAAGAAGCAGUUUUUGCAUAAUAAAAGAAAUAGGGUUGGUUUUAGGACAUGUAGAGCAAUUGGUGGAUUUGAUUAUGGAAGCUUUGAAGGUCCUCAGUCUGUGCUUGAAGCUGCUGCUGUAUUGACAGCUAUCAUUGUUGUUCAUGAAAGUGGUCAUUUUCUUGCUGCUUCUCUUCAAGGGAUUCAUGUGAGUAAAUUUGCUGUUGGGUUCGGUCCAAUUUUAGCUAAGUUUAAUGCAAAAAAUGUUGAAUAUUCAAUUAGAGCUUUUCCUCUUGGUGGGUUUGUAGGGUUUCCUGAUAAUGAUCCAGAUAGUGAUAUUCCUGUUGAUGAUGUAAAUUUGCUUAAGAAUAGACCAAUAUUAGAUAGGAUUAUUGUGGUUUCAGCUGGUGUUAUUGCAAAUGUUAUUUUUGCAAUAGUUAUUAUAUUUGUUCAAAUCCUAGCUGUUGGUUUGCCUGUUCAAGAAAUAUUUCCUGGUGUUAAUGUACCGGAGGUUCGACCUUUUUCGGCUGCUUCGCGAGAUGGAUUGCUUUCGGGGGAUGUGAUCCUUGAAGUUAAUGGAAAUCAGUUUCUUAAACCGGGGCCUAAUUCUGUUUCUGAAGUUGUUGAUGUCAUUAAGAGUAGUCCUAAGAAAUAUGUUUUGCUUAAGGUUAAGAGGGGGGGAGAAAACUUCGAAAUUAGGGUAACCCCGGAUGAGAAUUUUGAUGGAACAGGUAAAAUUGGAGUUCAGUUAGCUCCAAAUAUCAAGUUGUCGAAGGUUAGGCCGAAAAAUGUAGUGGAAGCUGUGACCUUUACUGCAAAAGAGUUUUGGGGUUUGUCGUCGAAUGUUUUUGAUGGGUUAAAGCAGACAUUUUUGAACUUUUCUCAGACAGCUAGUAAGGUUUCAGGUCCUGUAGCGAUUAUUGCUGUUGGUGCAGAAGUUGCGCGGUCGAACAUUGAUGGUCUCUACCAAUUUGCAGCCAUACUCAAUAUUAACCUUGCGAUUAUAAACCUUCUACCUUUGCCGGCUUUGGACGGAGGAACAUUGGCGUUGAUUCUCGUUGAGGCUGCUAGGGGCGGGAGAAAGCUACCUAUGGAGGUGGAGCAACGGAUCAUGUCAUCGGGAAUUAUGCUUGUUUUGCUUCUUGGGUUAUACCUUAUUAUUCGCGAUACUCUUAACCUUGAUUUUUUCAAGGAAAUCUUGUAAUUGUUGUGAAGUCUGAUUAGCAAUGGGAUUCAAAUUAUAUUUCAUGAUUCUUACCUGCAAGGCCGUUGCACCUGGUUCGUUGCCGAUGAUGUUAUCAGUAGAGGAGACAAGAUCAUUGUAAAUGAUUGAGGCAAGUUUCUUCCUCUAGGGAUGUUAUGUGAUAGACAUAUCUUUGUUACUAAUUCAUUGAUCUCAUCAUGGUCGUAUUUGUGGUCAUGGAAUAUCAAUUUACAAGUUACAAAUACUAGUUUUUUAUUUAUUUAUCUGCUCAAAACAUAUAGAAAUACUAGUUUUAUCUGUGAAUUUUUAUACAUUGUCCUCUGUACUUUUUGUGGCAUUCAUUUAGUUAUCCUUUAAGCGUAUAAAUAUGGUUCUGAUUCGAAUUUUGAUGA